CUUAACUCUCUCUCUGUUUAUUUAUUGCAAUUCCUCUCAAGCUACUCUGAUCCAGUUCCUAGAGAUGUCUACUAUCUAAAUAUCCCAGUAUUCCAUUGAUCUAUCACCAUAAAGCACUUGUAAACACAAACAUACUCACUGAAAACAAGGACAACCACAAGGACAACCACAACCACAACCACAUUUACCAUCCUAUUCGAGACAAUCAAAAUUCAUCAAGCAAUAAAAUCCGUAAUUAAUACCCACCAAUCCAUCAAAAUUAUCACCGACAAUGAAAUUUGCGCAGAAUCUAAACGAUAAUUUGAUUCCAGAAUGGAGGGACAAAUAUUUAAAUUAUAAAGAAGGUAAAAAAAUAUUGAAAAGGAUCCCCAAACCUUCAUCUGCUCUUAAUUCAAACUUCAACUCUUUUGCCUACACAAAUACCCCUUAUCUGACUUCUAAAUCAGUUCCAAACAAUACCCACCAACGAAGAUUUUCAAACUCUUCUUUCUCCUUCAAACUACCCCCACCUGCUAUUAGCUACAACAACGGCAACAGCAACAGUACCAACGUCAAGAAACCCACUGCCAACAAUGAAUACCAAAGCCAAAAUGAAAGAACUCCUCUCAUGGAAGCGAUGUCCAAGACCAAAAGCCCCGAAUUUCUUUCACAGCAACCUUCCCUCCAUCCCGACGACCCCAAAUUCGGCUCUUAUAAUUCCUACAACUCCUACGGCAACACCUAUUCCACUUACAACACCAUCAACUCCAACAAAAUGGAUUUCCUUAAAUGGUUGGACCUCCAGUUGCUCAAGGUCGACACCUUCUACAAGGAAAAGGAAAAGAACUGCCUCGAUCGAUAUCUCUUGUUACAAGACCAAAUGUACCAGCUCAACGACCACAAGAUCAAGCUCAUCAAACGAAACCGAUCUAGAACCUCCCUUAGGCUCGCUGACUUGGAAACCAAGAAUCCCAAUCCUCCCAACACGCCUAUUUCUUCCUUAAAUAGCAACUCUGCUCAAGACACAAAGCAUAUUAAUACCACUUCCAAAACGAUUGAGAAAUUUGAAAUGCCAACUUUGCCAAGAAGGAUUUUCUUAAACAGUUCCCUGAAAAACGAAAAACCCACCGACUCUGAGUUUGAGUCGGAUUUCAACUACGACUACGAUUCCGACGACAGCUUCAACGCCAACCAUUCCACCUCUGAGUCCAACACCAAUGGCCCUUCCAAUGCUCUCUGCAAUAGCAAUUCCAGUCCCCAUCUACUAGUUUCCAACACCAAAAAUGCUAAAACCCAAGAUGAUCCUGCCUUCAAUAAGAGAGAUUACAGAAGAAAAAAUCCUCAGGUUAUUGAUUAUAAAAAGAUUCCCUAUCCCUUGGCUAGAAGACAACUAAAAUUGGCCGUAUUGGAAUUCUAUCACUUUACUGAUUUGGUCAAAAACUACAGAUCCCUUAAUAGAGUCGCCUUCAGAAAAAUGAUAAAAAAAUUCGAUAAACUAACAAACUCAAAAUUAUUACCCAUCUACAUGAAUAAAGUCAACAAUUGCUACUUCUCUUCAAGUGAUGUCUUGGACAACCUAAUCCCCAAAAUCGAAGACAUGUAUUCAAACAACUUUGAAAACGGUAAUCGAAAGUUGGCCAUUGAAAAAUUACGUAGAAAAGAAAUUCCUCAAACAUACUAUUUCUCGGUUUUCAGUUCAGGCAUGUUUCUCGGUAUUGCCUUGCCUAUUCUUAUCAUAUCCAUUGUUCUUGGUGCAAUGAAAAUUUCCAAUAAUGAGUUGCCGGAGGGCGCGACAUUGUUCCAAAUUUGGGGUGGUUUCUUGAUUCCUUGCAUCAUGUAUCUAUCCUUUGGUGUCAACUGUUUGGUUUGGAAUUAUUACAAAAUCAAUUAUCAGUUUAUUUUCGAAUUUAACACGUUUAAUUGCCUAGAUUAUAAACAAUUUUUUUUGCUCCCUUCCUUAUUUCUAUUUGUUGGGUCUCUAAUUACUUACUUAUCCUUUUCAAACUUUGAUUAUCCCAACUCUAUUCUACCUGGGAGAUACUUGCCUUGGUUCUUUGUGGGCUUUGUCUUGUGUGUCUUUUUAAUGCCCUUCAAAAUAUUCUACUACCAUUCAAGAAGAUGGUUCCAAAUUGCAAUUUGGAGAUUACUAUUGUCCGGCUUUUAUCCCGUUGAAUUUAGAGAUUUCUUUUUAGGGGAUAUUUUUUGUUCGUUAACUUAUGCCUUGAGUAAUAUCGCUUUCACCAUCUGCAUUUAUUCAACAAAAUUUGAAGGGAUUUUAGAUGGUUGUCAAUCAUGUUCUCCUUGCUCUUCAUCAAAAUCAAGAAUCAUGGGUUUUUUACAAACCUUGCCUGGCUUAUGGAGAUUCUUGCAAUGCUACAGAAGAUACGCUGACACUGGUGAUAAGUUUCCACAUUUGGCUAACAUGUUGAAAUAUUUUGUUGCAACCAUCUAUUACAUGACACUAUCAAUUUACAGAAUCGACAGAUCUCCAACAAAUAGAACCAUUUUUAUCUUUUUUGCAAUCAUUAACUCCACUUAUUCGGGUAUCUGGGAUAUCUUUAUGGAUUGGUCUUUAGGUCAAUAUGGCUCAAAAAAUUUCUUAUUAAGAGAUAGCUUGGCCUUUAAGAAUCCUUGGAUCUACUAUUUUGCUAUCGUUGAAGACAUAAUCUUAAGAUUCCAAUGGGUCUUUUAUGCCUUUUUCACUGAAGCAAUUCGCUUUAGCCCCAUAACCAGUUUUUUUGUUGCAUUUGCCGAAGUAAUAAGAAGAUUUAUCUGGAUUUUUUUCAGAAUGGAAAAUGAACAUUGCACCAACGUUGCUUUAUUAAAGGCUUCAAGAGAAAUUCCCUUGCCUUAUUCAGUUAUUAGAAGGGUUACAAUUAGAAAACCAAAAUCGGCUCUUAUCAACCCAAAUAAAAUUAAUGUCAUUAUGGAAGAAAAUGAAACUGAAGUCACUCAACCGGUUCCUCCCCAAAAUUUUACAGGUGGUGCUCCUUCUAUUGCUGGUUCAUUAGCUUCAAAAGCACGUAUUAUUAGAACUCUUAGUAGAGUUAUUACUAAUGCACACGCUAAAGAUUUCCAAAGAAGAGUCCCUUCAGACCAAGUUCCAGCUGGAGCUGAAAACACCGAUGUAUAUGAUGAUGAAGACCAAUUAAGCUACAAUAGUGAGAUCGAGGAGGACGAAAUAUCUGAUAAUGAAUUACCUCCUGAAUCAAGAGCCCAGGUAGCUAGAGAAAAUGCUAAUGAGAUACAUAAAAUUCAAACUAGAAAUGAUAAUCAAAACUGA